UUGCGAGAGCUAUCCCUUCUUGCCCUCGAUUCUUGUGUAAUAAUUUUUGCAGUAGAUUUCUUCAAUUCAAUGGCAAACGUUCUUCUGCAAAAUGCGGCACGUGUAAGUUUAUAUAAACACUUGAGAGACAUCCGGAUAACUGCAAAGAAUAAGAGAUGCAUCAUGACGAGCCGAACGAGACUCGAAAAGGUUUUAGAGAACCUGCAAAAAAAUCCGUAUUACGACAAAUACGCGGAGAAAAUUGCGAAGCUGCAGCAGACCAGUCCAGAGGAAUUUCUACAACGCGUCGAGCAACAGGAUAAAACUCUUGAGACAAAAGUUAAACUUAAUUUAACUUCAAAGUACCAGUCUUCAAAAUCGGCGAUAUUUUCCUUCUUGUUUAAAAACACACAAACGUCAUGGAGUCAGAUGGUGAGGAGACAUUAUGUGAAAGAUUUGUCUUCAACAAAUAAAUACAUCACUACACCUAUUUUUUAUGUGAAUGCUGGUCCUCACAUCGGACAUCUCUACAGCGCGGUUCUGGCCGAUUGCGUUGCUCGAUAUAACGCUAUGCUGGGCUACAAAACAUUCCUGGUCACUGGCACCGAUGAGCACGGCAACAAGAUAAGAUCCGCCGCGGCCGCGGCGGGUACACCGAACAUCGAAUACUGCACGAAAGUCUCGAAGCAAUUCAGGGACAUGUGUGAUAGGUUUGAAGUGGAUUACUCGCGUUUCAUAAGAACCACAGAAGAGCAACACUGUGACGCAGUGCAUUACUUUUGGAAACGUCUAGAGGAAAGGGGACACAUCUAUUUGGGAAAGUAUUCGGGAUGGUAUUGCGUGUCGGACGAGGCGUUCCUGUCUGAUACGGAGAUAGUGGAACAAAAAGAUGCAACCGGUAAAGUGAUUAGAGUCUCCACCGAGUCGGGAAACACAGUGGAAUGGACGGAGGAGGAGAAUUACAAGUUUCGACUCAGUGCGUUUCAAGACGAUCUCAAAUACUGGCUCAAAAAUGAAGAAACAGUUCGACCAGCGAUAUAUCACAAAGUAUUGUCCGAGUGGGUGGAGGAGGGCACGUGUCUGCGAGAUUUAAGCAUUACUAGAAUAAAAAGUAAAAUGCCAUGGGCUAUACCAUCUCCGAGUGACGAAUCACACUCGAUAUACGUGUGGCUAGAUGCUUUGGUGAAUUAUUUAACGGCUUUGGGGUAUCCAAACGAAUCGUUCAAGAAGUUUUGGCCACCUACUAUUCAAGUAAUUGGAAAAGACAUUCUGAAGUUCCACGGUGUCUAUUGGCCGGCGUUCUUGAUAGCAGCGGGUCUCGAACCCCCAAAGACGUUACUGUGUCACGCUCACUGGACAAUCGAUCAUCAGAAGAUGUCGAAAUCGAAAGGGAACGUAAUAUCGCCGUUCGAAGCUGCGAAUAUUUAUUCAGAAGAAGGAUUGCGAUACUUCAUUCUGAGAGAAGCGGUGCCUCAGAAUGACGCGAAUUAUAGCACGACAAAAAUUACGAACGUACUUAACUCCGAAUUAGCGGGCACUUUGGGCAAUUUGGUGAAUCGCUGCGUGGGCAAGACGGUGAAUCCGUCCAGAGAGUUUCCCGAUCCGGCGAAAUACUGGAACGUGUUACGAUCUCAAGCGGCUGAUCAGACCAGGGAAGCUCUGGAGUCCGUGGGCAGAAAAACGCGCGAGAGCUACGAGGAAUAUAAUUUGCAUCACGUGGUGGACGCGGUCAUGAAUAUGCUCUUUUGCGCGAAUAAAAUGGUGUCGUAUCACGAGCCCUGGCAAUUAAGAAAACGAGUGGACGACGCGGAUUCAAUGAGAGAGCUCAAGGCUGUGAUCUCUCUCGCUUUGGAAAGCAGCAGAAUAGCCGCUCUAAUACUUUAUCCGAUUAUGCCGAGAUUGAGCGGCGAUUUGCUCAAUUUUCUGAACAUCCCGAAAGAAAAUCGCACAUGGGCGGAUACCGCGCCGGAAUUCUUCAAUAGCGCCAGCGCGAAAGAAAGGUACAUCAAACAUAACAAUGUAAUACUGUUCAAGAGAAUAAAGAGUCAGUAAAAACGUUUGGUUCAUGCAAGAGAAUGUUAAUUGCAUUGUUCGUUUCUUUAACACAUGAUCGAUCGACGCGCGCUUUCUCGCUUUUUUUUGUCGUAUCUGGAGGGAAUGGGAGAGGAUCGUGAAAAGUCACAGAUUGAUUACUCUUGUCGAAGUCUUAGUCUAGUAUAUUUACAGAGAACGAUCCAUUCAAAUAUAUCAGUAGUAUACAUCAACAUUGCGCAGACGUCAUGCCGGCCGGAGUGAGUCCCAACAAUCGUUCUUGAUAUUUUACAAUCUGUACAGCAAUGACGUACGCCAUUCACACGCGCGCCAAUAGUCUUGCUCUGAGUUUCCCCUCUCACACCGGAUGACAAUGCACUUUGUAUCGUAGAUAUAGAUGUACGAAGGAAGCUCGACGGAUCUCCUCGCGAACGCGCCAGAUCGGUUCGUGAUCACUUCCCUUCGCUCGGAUAUGUGAUGCAUAAUUGAGUUGAGAUUCAACGGGUGCCCGACAACGAUGAUUCGCGAGAGUUUCAUCUGCGAUCGCGAGUGCCACACCUGUGAUAUCUCCCCCGCGCCCCGUCAAAUAGAAAAAUAAUUAAAUGGCUAUAUUUACACGAUGGAAAAUGAAUUCUGUAGUUCGCGGCGCCGCUGCGCUGUACCUAUUGCUAUUAAAUAACCUUUGUGUGUGUGUGUGUGUGUUGUUUUUUUUCUGCUUCAUGACGUUUCGGACAGACGUUACUAUUCGGAAACUUAUCGAGUUAUUUCGAGUAACACCCAGCUUUUUAACAUCGUAGAUCGACUAUCAGACAUUGCUCCAUUAGAGAGUUUACGAUUGCUUGACAAGAUUAGUUUUAAGUUCCUAAGCGCUACGUUCGGAUUCUUCUGUUAAUCGACAAAUCCCCAACUCUCUAUCUGCCUGCGUCGUCGCUUUCGAAACGAUAAAAAACAAAUAUUUUACAAAAAUAUGAUAAAUUCAAUAUUAAAACGAAAAUAUUUCAAUA